AUGACUGCCAACCCUGCCGCCCAGGUUAUUCCUGCGCAAACUCUCGACAAUUACACCUUCCCAACCGAUCGCCUAAGACUCACUCAAAACCAUCCCGAGAAGACUCCCUUAGUAUUGGUAGCAUGUGGCAGUUUCUCACCUAUAACCUACCUUCAUUUGCGAAUGAUGGAGAUGGCUGCCGAUUAUUGCAAGUUUAAUACAGAGUUUGAACUCCUUAGUGGUUACUUCUCACCUGUAUCCAAUUUUUAUAAGAAGGCAGGUCUGGCAAGUUCGGAACACCGACUCAACAUGUGCGAAUUGGCUGUACAAUCAUCAAAUUGGCUUAUGGUGGAUCCUUGGGAGGCCUUACAAACAGAAUAUACCCCGACUGCCCUCGUACUCGACCAUGUCGAGCAUGAAAUAAACAAAGUUAUGGGCGGUGCUAUACGACCGGAUGGAUCCCGAGUACCUGUCCGCAUUGCUCUAUUGGCUGGAGCUGAUCUUAUCGAAACGAUGAGUAUUCCAGGAGUUUGGAGUGAGGCUGAUCUUCAACAUAUUUUGGGACAAUAUGGUACUUUCAUUGUCGAACGUACCGGCACGGACAUUGAGGACGCUCUUGCAAGUCUCGAACAAUACAAACGCAACAUCUACGUCAUCCAACAACUUGUCACAAAUGAUAUUAGUAGCACAAAGAUUAGACUUUUCUUAAGGAAAGAGAUGAGUGUACAGUAUUUGUUACCCGCUCCAGUCAUCGAGUACAUCGAAGAACAUCACCUUUACGAAGAGGAUGGUGCAUCAUCCAUUAGCGCAGGCAAAUCCAAGACAGCAGAAGGGUCAGGCCGGGCGUCACCUGCAGUGGGAGAUUCAAAGCUCAAGAAUUAA